AUGGAUGGCAACUACAGCAGCUACGGAGGCGGCGGCGGCGGCGGAGGAGGCUUUAUGCCCGGUGAGACCAACAGUCCAGCAGGUGGAAAGACUGGCGAUCGGGACAACAAGACCCUCCGCCCGGUGACAGUGAAGCAAAUCCUCGACGCCUCGCAACCUUACCCCGAAGCCCCAUUCCAGGUCGACAGCGCCGACGUAGCCAACGUCCUCUUCAUGGGUCAAGUCCGCAACAUCAGCUCCCAGAGCACAAACGUCACAUACAAAAUCGACGACGGCACAGGCGAAAUCGAAGUCAAGAAAUGGGUUGACUCGACGACCGCCGACAACAUGGAUACAGACGACGGCAAGGCGCCCGGCGAUGGCAAGAGCGAGCUCGAGCUCAACGGCUACGCCCGCGUCUUUGGUUCCAUCAAGUCUUUCGGAAACAAGCGCUACAUCGGUGCUCAUAGUGUGCGGCCUCUGACUAAUCUCGACGAGUUGAAUUGCCAUUUCCUCGAGGCUACCGCUGUGCAUUUGUUCUUUACGCGCGGCCCGCCUGGUGGCGCUGCGCCUGAGAAUGGGGCCGGCGGCGAUGCGGUUAUGGGUGGUGCGGAGGAAUACGGCACUGGGCAGAACAAGGCUUUGGCUUCUAUGUCGCCUGUUGCGAAGAAGAUUUAUAACUUGCUCAAGACUGAGCCGCAAGAUGAUACUGGUCUGCACUUGCAGGUUAUUGCGUCCAAGUUGAACAUGCCUGCUACUGAGGUUUCGAAGGGUGGUGAUGAAUUGCUUGGUGCUGGUGUGAUCUUCUCCACUAUGGAUGAGCAGACAUGGGCUAUUCUGGAGUACUAG